UCACGUGAGCAGGCGCUGCAAGAUGGCGAUGGUGGAGGGGUAAAGUUGGUGGCUGUGAGCGGUGUGUGUGACUGGGCGAGGGGCGGGAGGCGAGGACCUAUCUCCCCGAAAACCUCGCAAGGCCGAUUGAAGUCUCGCAGUUGGCUCGGGUUGGACACUACCCAAAUAGGGUGUCGCUGCUCCACUGAGUGGUAUCAUCGUGGCAAAAGAGGAAUCCAUGGAUCAACGUUUUGGAACAGGAAUAAAAUGGAGGAUUGGAAUUAAAAUACGUGGCUGCAGGAAAAUUCUGCUUUUGGUGGCUGGAGUGGAGGGGCUCAACAAAUUGGAUCCCCAACUUGAUGUGGAGAAGGGUGAAUAAAGAAGACAGUACUAUUUCCCCUCAAGAUCAGUCCCAAGAGAGAAUGUCCUGGAGAGACUAAAGCAUUGGGGAUUGAUUGGUUCACACAUAGUCUGAGCCAUGGCCACGAAUGGUACAAGUUCUUCAGCAAGCAACCAUACAACAAGAUCGCAACUUGGGAUAAAAGUCAUUUGUGCAAAGCUCAAAGAAAAUAAGAAGAACUGGUUUGGGCCCAGUCCCUACGUAGAAGUGGCUGUCGACGGCCAGUCAAAGAAAACUGAGAAGCUUACCAACACACACAACCCCAAAUGGAAACAGCAUGUCACAGUGAUUGUAACACCAUUCAGCAUGAUCCAUUUUCGAGUAUGGAGCCAUCAGACGCUGAAAUCGGAUGUCUUGCUGGGAUGCGCCACUCUGGACGUCUGUGAGACAUUAAAAUCUAAUAAUAUGAAAUUUGACAAUGUGGUUAUAAAGUUACCACUCAACAAUGAUCGUGAUAUCAUGGACGGGGGUGAGCUGAUUGUCUCUCUAGAUGGGUUAACUGUUGAUCCAGAAGUCUUGACCAAUGGACAUUCAGCAAGUACAGCAAGCAACUCAACGAAUGAAGGCUCCCGAUAUGGUAGUGAGGCAUAUAUACUAAAUCCCUCAAGUGCAAAUGGUGAUGCAAUGUCACAAGAAGGCUCAAUGGACACUGGGUCUGCUGAUGAACACAAUAUGAAUGGCAGAAAUACUCCAUCACCGUCUCCAAAAUCAAAGCCAGUAAGGCCUCCAAGACCCUUGAGACCCCCACCUCCGGUUCCAUCCAGACCCGUGAGCAUAGCAGUCUGUGAAAACGGGUACUCGGGUCCCAUGGAGAAUGGACCUGCUGCUGCUGUUUCAACUGCAACAAAUACCAUGCCUUCAGCUGCAGUGACAAAUUUACCAGAGCCAUCAGCCAGUGUUGCUCCAUCAGCUGCAACUGUCUCUCCUGGUGACCGUGCACUAAACACAGUGAACAAGGGUCCACUUCCACCUGGCUGGGAGCAGAGGGUGGAUCAACAUGGUAGAUUGUAUUUUGUAGAUCACAUUGAGAAGCGAACAACGUGGGAAAGACCACAGCCAUUACCUCCAGGCUGGGAGCGAAGGGUUGACGAAAGGCACAGAAUAUAUUACGUUGACCACAUUACCAGGACCACCACAUGGCAGCGGCCUACGGUGGAAUCUGUCAGGAACUUUGAACAAUGGCAGUCGCAGAGAAAUCAGCUUCAGGGAGCCAUGCAACAGUUCAACCAGAGAUUUAUUUAUUCGUAUCCUGAGCCAGUGGUGCCUGCUGAAUUUGACCCCCUUGGCCCGUUGCCAACUGGAUGGGAAAAGAGAACAGACACCAAUGGCAGGGUAUACUUUGUAAAUCAUAUAACGCGUACCACUCAGUGGGAGGAUCCAAGGACAGAGGGCAUUCUCAAUGAGAAGCCCUUGCCAGAUGGAUGGGAAAUGCGCUUUACAGUUGAUGGUGUUCCAUAUUUUGUGGAUCAUAACAGAAGAACAACAACGUACAUCGAUCCACGCACGGGGAAGUCAGCACUAUCAAAUGGUCCAAACAUCGCGUACGUCCGUGAUUUCAGAUCCAAAGUUUCCUAUUUCAGGUUCUGGUGUCAGCAAUUGGCUGCGCCUCAGCACAUCAAAAUAACUGUGACCAGGAAAACAUUAUUUGAGGAUUCCUUUCAGCAGAUUAUGAGCUUUAGUCCUCAAGACCUGCGACGGAGGUUGUGGAUCAUUUUUCCAGGAGAGGAAGGCUUAGAUUAUGGAGGUGUGGCAAGGGAAUGGUUCUUUCUACUUUCCCAUGAAGUUCUGAAUCCCAUGUAUUGUCUCUUUGAGUAUGCUGGGAAGGAAAGUUACUGCUUGCAAAUAAACCCAGCAUCUUACAUCAAUCCAGAUCAUCUGAAGUACUUCCGGUUCAUAGGGCGUUUCAUUGCCAUGGCAUUGUUUCAUGGGAAGUUCAUUGACACUGGAUUCUCUUUGCCAUUUUACAAACGGAUGCUAAGUAAACCAAUAGUAACCAAAGACCUGGAAUCUAUCGAUCCAGAAUUUUACAACUCCCUCAUUUGGAUAAGGGAGAACAGCAUAGAGGAAUGUGGUCUGGAAAUGUAUUUCUCAGUUGACAAGGAAAUUUUAGGUGAAAUACAAACGCAUGAACUGAAACCAGGUGGCAAUGAUAUACUGGUGACUGAGGAGAAUAAAGAGGAAUACAUUAGGCUUGUGGCUGAAUGGAGGUUAUCACGUGGCGUUCAGGAGCAGACACAAGCAUUCUUGGAGGGCUUUAAUGAAGUGCUUCCUUUACACUAUCUUCAGUCAUUUGAUGCCAAAGAAUUAGAGGUGCUGCUUUGUGGAAUGCAAGAGAUAGAUUUGAAUGACUGGCAGAGAAAUGCAAUUUAUCGGAACUACACCAGAAACAGCAAACAAAUAGUAUGGUUUUGGCAGGCUGUGAAGGAAAUGGACAAUGAGAAACGAAUGCGUCUGCUGCAGUUUGUCACUGGGACAUGCCGCUUGCCAGUUGGUGGUUUUGCUGAUCUCAUGGGGAGCAAUGGUCCUCAGAAGUUCUGUGUCGAGAAAGUGGGGAAGGAAAACUGGUUACCAAGAAGCCACACCUGUUUCAAUCGUUUGGAUCUGCCACCAUACAAGAGCUUUGAGCAACUGAAAGAAAAGCUGUUGUUUGCCAUCGAAGAAACUGAAGGUUUUGGACAAGAGUAACAACCGUGUGCUGUCUGUUAUUGUGAGCGGCUUUGUAAGAAGGAAUGCAUUUCCAUUUUUUGUGCUUUCUUUCCAGUAGACAUCUGUUUGCCAGACAUGUCAGGACAGACUAUUUGUGUCAGAAACCCUGUGGGGAAGUAGCUGUACAGCUUUGUCUAUCUGCAUUUGCAAGCUGAAAAUGCCCGAUAUAAUGAGGAAAUUGUACAUGUUCAAAUAGAAUUAAUGUGCUGUGAUAAACAGUUUCAACUGCAGUUUGUUCACUUGUAUGUGAGGAAACAACCGGGCUGCAUGAACAGGAAUACAGUCGGCUGCUCGUCAGCUGGUUGGUGAGGCUCUCCUACAUCUGACAGUAUCAUGCAGUUGAGGCUAAAGCAGGGCUGGAAAACUACCCUGGCUGAACCAUGUCCGAGUACAUCAACCCUCUCCUUUUCUUCACUUUCUGAGUGCAAUGUAUUUAUUAUGGUCCAUCACUGCUUCUUUGCCAUCCCCACUCGCACACCCUGCAUUCAUCUGUCCAGUAACCCAUCUUUAUCCCUUCGUUUGUUUAUAUUUAAUUCUACUAAGUUUUAAACAGUGUUCUGAAUUAUAAUUCAAGUGCUGCAAGUUUGAGGUUAUCCUUUCCAUCUAAGAAAGUCCUAUUGAAGUAUACUCCCCCAUUUUGCUGAUAAUCCAGUGAACAGAUGUCUACUGUGUAAUUUUGUACCUUUUAUUAAUUUUCUUUUGAAGUCAUUAUCCGUAAAGAAACAAUACUCAUGAUGUUAUUUUGAAUCAAACCCACCUCCUUCAUACAAAGGGUAAUUGGAAUGCAAAGGUCUCCAUUCUAUAUUUUUAAGUAAAUGCGAAAGGUUGCUGAGGUAGCUCUAGUUUUAUAGAGCAUGACUGGGAAAUGUUUGUGCUAUUUGCAUACUGAUGUACCUAAUUUGGGAACGUCUGCCAAAUAUAAGCAUUGGCUUCAACUGGAGCUUGAGCUCCCCCCCCCCCCCCACCCUUUAGUCUUUUAGACUUCUCCUUGCUUGUACAUAAAGCUCUGUGGAUGAUUUAGCACAAGCGACUCCUCUGAGGAUGUUUUAUAAUAAGCAGUCUCUCUCACGGCUCUCAAGGUAGCAUUGGAUCAAGCAGCUUCCCUACUCUCUUCCCCUAUCUUGUUUUAGAAGGCUUGUCCAGCACUUUGUAAGAGGGAUCUGUUUUGAGGCUUCUGAACUGUGGAAAGAGAAUAUUCUCCAAAACAGCAGCAAUCAAAGGCAACUUUUCAGAGACCAUGUCCUCAUGAGGUCACUUCAAUGACCAGAAGUAACUGCACAGAUUUUUUACUACCUGGAAUUGUUUGCUGUCUGUGAACUUAAUGCUUUCUGGAAUCACUGCAUCUUCUUAUCUGCUCUACCUCAUUCCUUGGAAAAUGAACUUCAAAAUGGUCCGAGCAGUUUAUUUAGGAUACUCAUAUAGAUUGAAUUAUCAGUUUUAACCCUGCCUCUACUUUUUAUCAGCACCAUUUCCUUUCCGCUUUGUGUUCUAACUCCAGACAUUUUCUGUUCACCCCAGCUACAGUCGGCAGGUGUACCCAAGCAAAGAAGCUUAAGUGAUUUCAUUUGAAAGCUAUUAGAGUAUGAAAGCGAAUCUUAGCAGGGAUAAGAUGUACCUACCCUAAAAUUAUUUCUAGGGAUAGUAUAAUUUUGUAUUCUAAACUGUGUUGAAUAACUUUGAACCCAAUAACGUCAUGAAAUCUCCACAGCAAGUUCACCAUUUCUGGUUACUAUCCAGAAAGGAUGUUAAUGUGUGAGGACAAAUUCCUGCCUAGCCUUGAUGUCCUCCUGCAUUAAAUUUCCUGUGAAGGAUCACUGGUUGGGCUUACACAUCCUUCAGCACCAAGAAGCUGGAGGCGACAGUGUACGAAUGGUUUAAGGAAAGAUGGGAGAAAUCUGAAUUACGCGUGACAGCAGUAGGAAGGAACAUGCCAUGUGUGAUCUGUGCUGCACUGUUGAAUAGGUCUGUGAUUAUUAUAAGUGCUUUGGUGUGCAUUGGAGUAAUUGCAUCUCCUAGCGAUGCUUUAAGGUUUUCCACUUGCUUAAUUUGGAAAGAUGCAAUUUUUCUAGCUUAUGAAAAAACAUAAAGAAAUGUCCAAGGCAUAGAUCUUGUGAGUUGAUACGUGGUGUCUGAAGGAGAUUUACUGUCCAGUUAUUAAUCUCGCUGGCUUGAGAUUUAAGUAAUUCAAUUUGUAAAUAAUUGGGAAAACACAAAACUUUGUCAUUUCUGCAAUUCAGCAGAAUUGGCGCUCUUUUCUCACCAGUCUCAUGCUCCGUUCUCCACAAGAAAGACCAAUAUAUCAUUGUAAAUUGGCUGGCCAUGCAUUGCUGGGUGCAAUGAUUCUGAGAGGGGGAAGUGGUCAAGGUCACUGCCAACUAGCUGAAUUGCAUUGGGGAUAUAAAAGGGAAAUUAAUCUGUGCCUGUGUGCACGUCUUUUGAACACCUGGCUGAACACGGCUUUGCAUUUUGUACUUAAAGUGGUCUGUCUGGACUUGCUGGGCAAACUCAAGUGGAAAGCUGUAGCUAAGUCCGAAACUGCUGGUGUGAUGAAACAUCUUCAACGAGAGACUGACAUGUCGGGUUAUGGAAAUUUAUUUCAAUAGCUCACUCUUAAACCAUUUUGUAAUAUAUUGUUAAGAUUAGUUAUAAGCUCUAUGUAAAGGAUACCAGAGAGCUUUUUUGUGAAAACUUGAAUAUUUUGAUUUUAUGAAAUCUGUUUGCAUUUGUAGUUGUGGCUGCAGCCUUAACCUUGAAACCAGCAAAACUAGACCUGUUGGUGGGUGCAAGUUCAGAGAUUGUGAGGUCCUAUAUUGUGACUGUCUCAUGUUGUGGAAGGAAGAUUUGGUUUUGUGUGCUAACUAAUGCCCAGUAAAAACCCUUGCUGGGUCGAUCCAAGUGUGGACUUGGCGCAUUGAGGGCGAGGCCAAGACCAGCCGCUCCCAUUUUCUGAUGCCUCUGCUUAGAUACCUGAAGCCCCAGUGAAGCAUUCCCUUGCAGGAGUUGGGAUUACCAUUCUCAUUUUGAAAGUUAUAUAGACUCUGAAGCCUGCUUCGACUGUUUUAACAUUUAAAUAGGAUGCUAGUCGGUAGCUGCGCAAAAUUAGCCGGCUGUUUUUCAGUCAGGGCCCUUAACCCCUGGGUCUCGUUAUCCUGCACUUCAGUUAGCUUGACCUAUGUGGCCUCACUAUGGGGGUCUGCCCGCUCCUACAUCAAAUGGCGGCGAUCACAUUGUAUUAAUAUCUCAGGCAUGGUUGAUCGACACCUGAGUAAACAAAGAAACCACUCUCGGGUACCUAUGUUUCUUGUGCUAUUUGUGCACUUCAUUGAAGGUGUAUGGAGAUACCAGUUAGCUGGGUUAAAGACCAGUCAGAUAUAUUUAUUGUUAACAGGUGAGAUUAUGGGAGCAACUAAACAUGGUUCCUCCCUUGCAGGCCAGUUUUGUUUCUCCUUAGCCUUGAUUAAUAUUUAACAACCUUUGUAAUCUUGUGUGAUAUACAUUACUGAGAAUGCAAUAAGCGAAUGUAGGCUAAUACUAAAUAUGAAGCUCCCGUUAAAUGUGAAUAAAUAAUUAUUUGAAUUUUUUGGAAUGCAUGUGCUGUACUAGGCAGCACUUUACACAGUUGUAUCUCAGCCUCUAACCCUUGCCACCUGCUUGCCACAAAUGGACUUUUCCACUUAACACCCAACAAGAAUCUAUGGUACAUUUCUUCCUUCUCAGCUAGCAAGCAACAACACAUUUUCAGGAAAAAAUGAGGUGUGGAACAGUCCUUUAUUGCUGUUUGUCUGUCUCCAUCUCGCCUUACCACUCCUCCUCCCUUUUUCUCUUUGUAAAAAAAAUAUGCCAUACCUGUGUUAGUCUGACCCUUUGUUAUCUGAUGCACACUGAUUGCUAAAUCCCACUGGUGUCCUAUAUGUAUAGAUACAGUGACUUGCAGCUAGGGGCUUAUUCUUGUUAACUAAGCAUAUCUAAUUCACAAAGUGACAUGUCAUGUCCCCACCUUUUGUCAAAACAGGAGACUGAGGAACUGCCAUUCACCUGAAGGAUAAUUUAUAGAUGCACCAAUCCAAUCACAAACUAGUUCAUUAGACGAUGGUACCGCAUGGUUUUAGAGUUGUGAAACAGAGUAAACUUAGCAAAUUUUAUUCAGAAUCAGGAUCACUUUAUUAUCAAUAUGUGAAACAUACCAGAAUUGAUAGUUCAGUUUCAAGCAAAAAGCACCGGACAGUACCAUAACAGGCAACACAAUAGCAACCAACCACUUACAAGUCAUAAGCAAAAGAAAUACUGCAGAUGCUGGAAAUCCAAAGCAACAUACAAGUCAGUAGUGCAAACAGUUCAUGAACAGUCAAUAAUUAGCAGAAUAGACAGGCUUAAAUUUUGUUUGUUAGUGGGAGGCAAUGCUUGAAUUUAGUAACACAGUUUUGACACUUCUAACCAUCCAAAUCGAACUAGACACUGAACUAAUUCAGGAAACCAAUUCGUCCCCCCUCAUGAUGGUAAUGAGCAAGUUCUGCAGGAACCCAUGAGAAGUUGCUUUUCUCUAAUACUGCUGAUCAUUGUUGCUAAGGAUAUUGGGGGCAAAUAGUUUUACUCUGUGGUGGGAGCUGGAGAUGGAGCUAGUGUGUGUUGGUGUGAAUGGAUGCAGAUUUCCGACUUUAGUUGAAUGUAGCAAAAAAAAACUCCCUACACAAUUCAUCCCAAGUUUAGACAAUUCCCACUCUAAUGACUUGGACAAAAGAAUUAUUUUCACACUAUCACCCCACCCCCUUUUCUUCCUGUUAGUACAUGAGCUUGCAAAUGUGCAUGUUGCAGCUUUAAUUUCCCCACUCAUCCUCAACAAGAGUUUGUAAAGAGAUGCCUAGUAUAAUUGUCAGUGGCUCCUGACGCAUAACUCAGUUGUACGGCUGCUGGUUUGAUUCCUGACUUGUUCCUCUUUUAUUUUUCUUAGCGGGUGGGGUCUGGGGAGAAGUAAGAUCGCCCCAAUGUGCCAUGAAGUAAGCCCUGCUGGAAGUGUGUUAAAGUCUAGGGGUUUAGGAUGACUCACUCGAUGAGAUUGUAUCCUGGCAGGACUCAGCAUCUUCAAGGGUAGGAAAGGUGAAAAUGUGUCAGCAACGUGUUUGAUCGAGUACCUGACAGCCUUGAAACACAGAGAAAGCAAAAAGGGAAAUUCCAUUGUGGCUGUAAGUCUGCCAUUUUGUUCAGGAAAAACUGGAAUCUGAAGCCAACCGUGCUACACCAUGAUUUUAGUUACACAUUCUAAAGUUACCCACUGUGAUACCUUUUUUUUUAACUGACUUUCAUUCAAUCUGUGUAAUCCAUUGUCAUUUGAUGAUGAUUUGAAGUACUUUGGAGGCUUGGUAAAGGCAAGGCUCAGCUACUUAUCCAAUGGUUAUGGCCUGGAGAUUUUAAAUCUUUUUUCUUUGACUUUAGGGUGGCAGAAUAGAAAAAGACUAGUCUGUUCCAGCUCUUCACCUGUUCCAUUUUUACAAUCAUAAACAUGCUAAAAGCAAGCAGUUUAGGUAAAAUAACAUCUAAAGCAGGAGUUCCUAACCUUUUUUAUGGCGUAGACCAAUAUCGUUAAACAAGGAGGUCCAUGGACCCCAGGCUGGAAACCACUGAUCCAAAAAAACUUGAAAGUAAGUUCCCCACCCCUCUCCCUGAAGUGCAUUUAUACUCAUUUGUCCGCUCAUUCAUUCAUUCAGCAAUCAUUAGAAGUUUCCAAUGGUUUCAUCUGCGUGACUACCAUCUUUUUCCAUUUGUUGGUGUUAAAUGAAUUUUGACAUUUUUCAUGUUAUGAAUGAUGAGACUUAAAUUUAAAGGUAGUGUUUUUUAAAAAAAACAAACAAAAAUGAUUGGCAACUCAUCUUCUUAUCUAUGAAUACCAUGCAAGCUGUCCACAGCAAAUCAUAGAAAAGGUAUUCUGCUGGAAAUCCAGAGAAACACACACACACGAGGUGCUGGAGGAACUCAUCAAGUCAGGCAGGGUCAAUGGAGAGGAAUAAAACGGUAACAUUUCAGACUGAGACUCCUCAUCAGGACUCAACAAAGGUCCUGUUGAAGGGUCUCAGCCUGAAACUUCCGACUCAUAAUUACUUUCCAUCGAUGCUGCCUGACCUGCUGAGUCCCUCCAGCAUUUUGUGUGUGUGUGUCCACAGCAAAUAUUUGAAAUCUUCCUUUGUGCCCAUCUGUAGGGAACCAAAUUCCUUUCAGACUUUUGCCAACUUAAUCUUUUGUAAUGUUGCACCAACCACGCACAUACCCAUUGGAUAAUUGCUGUGUCAUGGUCUUUUCCUCAUAUCCUCCUGUGUACUACUCGUCAAUGUAUAAAUAGCACUGAAUAAUAAUUUGAUUUAAAAUUAAAAUGUUCUUUUAAGUAACGAGCUGAAAAAUAUUUACAAGUAAAUUCUAUAGGAAAUUUAAUAGAUGUUAUUUCUGAAUCUGCAACGUAAUUUAAAGAAAUCCAGGAAUUAUCGUUCAGAUCUUUAAGCUUUCUACAUCAUGUUAAUUUCCACUGUAUGAUAUCUAAGAUGUAAAUCAUGUUAAUAUUUCUGUUUAAUCAUUUUGUAAUGUUCCAGAAAUAAGUUAAGGCUAAUAAGGUAAUUCUGACCUCUGGCACAAGCUUCUUAUCCUGUUUACCUAUGUAAAAAUAGUUAACAUUGUAUAUAAAAAAAAUUAAAAGCUUCUCAACUGUA